AUGGAGAAAAAAAAAUCGAAAAAAUCCUUUUUAAUCUACCGUCAAGUCGUUCUUUUUAAACCCCGUGAAGAUGCCUCGCUGGUUGAAACGAAAAUUUAUCCAUCGCACAUUCUAUCUAUCUAUCUAUCUAUCUAUCUAUCUAUCUAUCUAUCUAUCUGUUUCAUUCUGUCCAUAUCUAUCUAUCUAUCUAUCUAUCUAUCUAUCUAUCUAUCUGGAAAAUCUAUCUAUCUAUCUAUCUAUCUAUCUAUCUAUCUAUCUAUCUAUCUAUCUAUCUAUCAAAUUCAACUCACUGAAUCGAGAAGCAAAGUUCCUCAUCUAAUUUCUUCGUAUGAAUCGCUAUCUAUCUAUCUAUCUAUCUAUCUAUCUAUCUAUCUAUCUAAAUUUGUUCAUUGUCUAUCUAUUAAGAUCUGCUCACUAUCUAUCUAUCUAUCUAUCUAUCUAUCUAUCUAUCUAUCUAUCUAUUUAAAUCUGUUCAUUGUCUAUCUAUUAAGAUCUGCUCACUAUCUAUCUAUCUAUCUAUCUAUCUAUCUAUCUAAAUUUGUUCAUUGUCUAUCUAUUAAGAUCUGGUCAUUAUCUAUCUAUCUAUCUAUCUAUCUAUCUAAAUUUGUUCAUUGUCUAUCUAUUAAGAUCUGGUCAUUAUCUAUCUAUCUAUCUAUCUAUCUAAAUCUGUUCAUUAUCUAUUAA